GGAAAAAGUGGAACACAAUUUUCAAUCGCCAAACUAAAUACGAAUUUUAAAAAUUAAUAGUAUUUUAGAAAAUUAAAUAAUAAAGUGGCCAAUAAGUAAUGUUACUUUUUUUUUUUUUUAGAAAAAUCAAUUACUUUCUAGCAAUGUCUGAUAAAGAAGACAGAGAAGAGUUAGAUCAAUUUCAUUCCAUUCAAAUCACAAAGAAUCUUCGAAAAAAUUUAAAAGAAGAGCCUCUUCAGAAGAAUGAAGAUAUCUUAGAUAUCAUAGGCCACGAUGGAGUGUGGCAAAGAUGGAUCUUCCUUUGGAUGAUCUUUUCAACCAUUCCCAUCGCACAAAACUACAUGGCAAUGUCCUUUUACGCACCCAGUCAGGAUUUCUGGUGCUCUAGAUCUGAAGGUUCCGACUUUACAGAAGAAGAGUGGGAAAAUACAUCUCUGCCGGGAGAAAAGCAUUGUUUCAGAUUCAAGAACCAAAGCGCGUCAUUCUUCAUGGGAUGCAACGGCACAAUCUUAUUGAAUAGUGAUGUGAUUGAAUGUGACAACUGGGAAUAUGACACAUCGUUUUAUUCGUCCACUGUUUUGAGUCAGUUUGAUUUGGUAUGUGAGAGAGAAUGGCUUAUAUCCCUAUCCAUUUCGGUGUUCAAUAUUGGUGCGAUUCUGUCCAACUUUAUAAUUGGACAUCUUUCAGAUAGAUUAGGAAGAAAACCACUGCUUCCUGCAUGUAUCAUAAUCCAACUUUGUGCUGGAGUGGCAUGUGCCUUUUCCACUUCUUUUACCAUGUUUGCAACGACAAGGCUCAUUGAGGCAUUCGCUUUGAAUGGACUUUUCAAUGUUUCAUUUGUUUUAUUGAUGGAGAUUGUUGGUCCGAAACAAAGGUCCUUUUAUGGCGUGGCCAUUAAUCUCGGAUGGUGCGUUGGAUUCGUGUGCCUACCAGGUGUUGUUUGGCUUCUCCGAGAUUGGUUCUGGAUCCAAUUGGCGAUCACAUCACCGCUCGUGAUAUUGCUGCUCACCUCUCGGUUCAUUCCUGAAUCGCCCAGGUGGUUAAUAUCGCAAGGAAAAGUCAAGGAAGCUCAGAAAAUAGUGCGAAAAGCAACUGAAACAAAUGGAAGGCACCUAUCAAAUAUAGAUUCUAGAUUAAAAGUGAUGGUGAAAACUAAACAGGUUAAUGAAUCAAAGAUAGAAAGUGUUUCCAUCCUAGAUCUCUUCCGUACCCCUGGUUUGUGUCAGAUGACUCUCAUCCUUUACUUCACCUGGUUUUCUGGCCUUUUUGUCUACUAUGGAUUGUCUUACAACACGAAUGAGCUGGCUGGAGAUCCUUUCGUAAACUUCGCUCUGUCUGGUGCAAUCGAAUUUCCAGCCUAUUUUUUCACCAUGUACGCCAUCUAUUGGAAAGGACGAAAAAUACCGAUGUCCAUGACUAUGGGCUUAGGAGGACUAGCUUGCCUUCUUACAUACCCGUUGCCAUCAGACUCUUGGUUCAGCACAACGUUAUCGAUGAUAGGAAAAUUCUGUAUCACAAUCGCAGUUUCCAUUGCCUAUGUUUUCACUGCAGAAAUCUUUCCUACUCCAGUGAGGAUCAUAGGGCUCGGAUCGGCGUCAAUAUGUGCAAGAGGAGCUUCUGUUCUGGCGCCUUUUGCUAGAGAACUAGGCCACGCCACUAAUCCUGUUGUACCUCACAUUCUUUUUGGUGUCCUUGCUUUAUUGUCAGGAUUGCUGGUGAUGCUACUUCCUGAAACUCAAGGUGUAACUGUACCAGAAACACUAUCUGAAGCUGCUUCUAGGAGAAAGCCCAUUUGGAAGAAAAAGAUAGAAAUCAGGGAAUAUGAAAUGGGAAAACUACUAAAUGAUUGCAAUAAAAACGAAGAGUCAAAAGUAGUUGCCUAGUCUAGACAGCUUUGAAAUGACCAGCUACAAUCGUUGCAGAAAGUAUUAUAGAAGUCCUUAGACUUGAAAGUGCAAUUAAUAAAAAGCCAAACAAACAAUACGAUUUUGUUUCAAAUCAACAUCCUAAGAAGCAUUCGUUUUAGUAACAAUAUUUCAGUAGCAUUGAGAA